AUGUCGGAAUAUAAUAGCAGUGCGUCCAAGGGAUUUAUGGAGUACACAAAAAAAGAAGCACUUCAAAGGCACGGGAAAGUGUGGAGCACUCUGUACCAGGCGCUGAGCACAGAAGAUGCAGUAUACAAUGUAAAGAAAAAACUAGAAACACUGAAAGGCACGGAAAUACUGCUAAAUGCAUCGCCAAUAGAAAAAAAUGCGCCAGAAACAGAUAAAGAGAAUGACUCUUUUAUUGGCAUGCCCGAUCUAAACCUGGACGGUCUUUUCACGCUUCCACUGGAUAGCAAGGAAGUACUAACUGACAGUUCGAAAGACAAGAAGCAAAGGUAUACCCAGGAAACUUCUUCAAAUAGCAGACACAGCACACAAAGAACAAGCAAGCUUGUCAUAUCUGACAGCGAUGACACACAAGAAGAUACAGCUGAAUAUGACAGCACACCGAUUGAGAGCGAUGAAACACUGUCAAGCGACCAGUUGACAGAAGAUCUGAGCGAAGCAUCUAGCAGACAUACUGAAAGAGAAGAGACGGUUUUCCAAAAAGAAGAAAAUCUCUUUGAGGAAGUGCCUGCAGAAGAAACAGGCCUUGAAUUCAACCCAAGUGGUGUUAAAAAGGUUAAAACUGCACAAAACUUUAAAUGGAUGAACUGA